UGCUGUAAUAAGUCAUUUUUUCUGCUUUCUUUUUCGUAAUAGCCUCAGGGAGACAUGAGCGUAAGCCUUCUGAGAAGAAAUGCUCUGAAUGCUAUUCAGUCAGAAGAAAGUUGCUGCUUUCUGCGACAAAUGCUUGGCUUCUACCUCAGGAACGUCUUCAGCCAUUACACCUCCAGCAUCUCCAUGGUGAGAAGGCGAAUCAGCAGCCUAGCCAAUGGCCUUGUCAGCAUGGAGAAGACACUUUCUGAAUGUCACAGACAACACAUCUGCCACUGCAAGGACGAAACCCGUCUGACAAUCAAAUCUUUCCAUGACAGUUACCAACAGCUUGACAAUGACGAGGCAAUCCAGAAGGCUGUGAGUGAGCUGGAUAUUCUUUUGUCGUGGCUUGAAAUGCCUCAUCACUAA